AUGUGCAUUGCGAUUUGGUCGACAAACAACCAGCUUGGGUAUAGACUUAUUCUGGCUUUUAACAGGGAUGAAUUUUUAAAUCGCCCUAGUUUACCAGCUCAUUGGCAUUCCUUCGAGCAACUCAACCCAGAAUAUCAAGCCUUUCCACCGGUACCGUGUUCGUCGUCGCCGACCUCUUCUUCUCCGUCAACAACCUCAAAGGGCUCAACAAACAAAGCACAGGACUGUGUGAGUGUUGGCCGCCACAUCAAUCAAAAAGAUCAAAGGAAGGAGAAUGAUAUUCUUUCAGGAAUAGAUACUGUUACAGGAGCUACGUGGCUCGGCAUUAGUAAACAUUCUGGAAAGUUUGCUUUCUUAACAAAUGUUGAAACGCAAGCCGAUAGAGACCAAGAAGCUGUUCAUUCCAAAAAACUUUCAUUCAAACUAAGCAGAGGAUACAACUUAAUAAUUGGUCAGAUUGGGAGAACGGGGAAUGAAGAGGAUCAAAUUGAAUUUUUCUGUAACAAGGAUCCCGAGGGAUUAUACGGAGCCGACUUGUCGAACAAUAAGGAAUGUGGUGGCCGUUUGGAGGAUCAACGCGUUUACGGAAUCAGCAAUGGAAUCGCAAAUCAAGCACCGAUUCUGCCUAAGGUUGCUCAUGGAGUUCACCUGAUGGAAGAUUGUCUCUCGAGGCUAACAGUAACUGGGGAAAAGUGCGAUCAAGUUGAUCAGAGUGCAGUCGAGAUGAGCUUGUUUAACUUGCUAUCACAAGUGACGAAUGAUUCUCCUAAAGACACAUCUUCCAACAUUUUAAUCCGACCCCAUCAUCGACUCAUGACGCCAGAUACACCCAUCAGCUCCGAUACGUGGUGCGGAACCAAAACUCAAACAAUCUUGUUCGCCUCUAAGUCCCCGAAAACCAGAAUCACAUUGGUAGAACGUGAUGCUUUUCAGAUUCAGCCGAAGGAGCCAUCUACAAACACUCAUCCAGUUUGGCUGGGAGAUGAUAUGUCACAUUGGAGGAGGUUUGAAUUCGAUUUGACAUCCGAUUCCUGA